AUGCGUAUCGAGCCUUGUUAUUUCUGUGGCCGCCCGGCAUACCCUUCCAAGGGCAUCACCUUUGUCAGAAACGACGCCAAGUCAUUUCGCUUCUGCAGGUCAAAAUGCCACAAGAACUUCAAGAUGAAGCGUAACCCGCGCAAGCUCAAGUGGACCAAAGCGUACCGCAAGAACGCCGGCAAGGAAAUGGUCGUCGACAGCACUCUCCUCUUCGGCGCGCGCCGCAACGAGCCCGUCCGCUACGACCGCGACCUCGUCCAGAAGACCUUGGGCGCUAUGCAGCGCAUCAGCGAGAUCCGUGCCCGGCGCGAGCGUGUCUUCUACAAGAAGCGCAUGGCUGGCAAGCGGGAGCGCGAGCUCGCCACCGCCAGGGAACUGGUCGCCAAGAACGAGCACCUGCUACCCCGUAUGCGUGGCAGCGAGAAGCGUCGUCUCGAGGAAUUGGCCGCCGAACAGGGUCUCGAUGUGGAGGAAUUGGCUGCGGAGCAUUUGCAGAACGCGAAGAACGACAACAAGUUGUUUGGUGGCGAGAAGAGGAGACUCAAGGUGCGGGUGGAUGGUGGCAUUGAGGGUGAGGAGGACAAUGAUAUGGACAUGGACUGA